AGAUCAUCAGAAGAAACCAUGCUGGCCAGGAUUCUUCUCCUGUGUUCUUUCUUUGCCUGUGCUGGUUCCCAGGACGUCGAGGGCCCCAAGGUAGCCUACGGCGGAUCUUGUGAAGGUUUGUGUUCCUGCGAGGAGAGGGAUGGAGUUCUGCACAUAAACUGUGAGGAGAGGAGCAUCAGCAGGAUCUCCGAAGUCAAAGUACCGACGGACAGACCGUUCCACCUGAACCUGUACAAGAACGACCUGGUGGAGCUGCUCCCCGAGGACAUGGAGGCUUUCAAGAACGCCGUGACUUUGCAUCUAGGUGGCAACAGCAUACAAGAGCUGGUUCCUGGUGUCUUCGGCUCGCUGGGCUCCUUGAAGAAGCUUCACAUCAACAGCAAUUUCCUGGUCAUGCUGAAGGAGGACACUUUCCACGGCCUGGUGAAUCUGGAAUACCUCCAAGCCGACACUAACUUCAUCCAGGUCGUGGAGCACGGCGCCUUCAGCAAGCUGGUCCGUCUCAAGGUGCUGAUCCUGAACGACAACUCCAUCGAGUUCCUUCCCACGAACAUCUUCCGAUUCGUGCCUCUGACGCAUUUGGACCUGCGCGGGAACAAACUGCAGACGCUUCCCUACGUGGGCUUCCUGGAGCACAUCGGGCGCAUCAUCGAACUCCAGCUGGAGGACAACAACUGGGUUUGUGAUUGUCAGAACUUCCAUCUGAAGACCUGGAUUGAGAACAUGCGAGCGCAGUCGUCCAUCGGCGAGGUGGUUUGCAGCAGUCCCCAGCAUCUCAGGGGGGUCCCGCUGGCCAAGGUCAAACGAGACGUACUGUGUCCUUCCUACGCGGAUAUAAACCUCGAGGAACCUUCCAAGUCUCUCGACAUGGUGGUCACACCAACAGCAAAGGUGCUACAAAUCCCAGAGGCAAGAAACGACACGAAGGUCCCUACGCCCGCUAACGUCCCAAAGACGUCCUGCAUACUGCAGUGUUCCUGUCAUUACCACCCCAGCGUUGGGUUCCUGAUACACUGUGAGGACCGGGGCAUCCAGAGGAUUUCAGAUCUUGGCAUCAUUCAGCAAAGUCCCAGCAAGCUGGUUCUGACCGGGAACAGAAUCCACAGACUCCUGAAGUAUGACUUUGUCACAUUCGACAGUUUGGAGCUGCUGAACCUGGCCAACAACCAAAUAGACUACAUCGACAACGAAACCUUCCUGAGCCUGAGCAGCCUGAAGAAGCUUUAUCUUAACGAGAACAGAAUCGAGAAGAUAACGGCAACCAUGUUCGUUGGCCUUCACAAUCUGGAACACUUAUAUCUGGAAUUUAACGCCAUCAAGGAGAUCGAGGCCGGAUCGUUCAACCCUUUGACCAAUCUUAAGCUCUUGUUCCUCAACAGCAACCUGCUUACGACUUUGCCUGCGCAGAUAUUUAGGAAUGUUCCCCUGAUCAAGCUGAACCUACGGAAGAACCUCUUUAUGCACCUUCCAGUCAGCAACGUGUUGGACCAGCUUCAUUCCCUGGAGCAGGUUUACCUGGAGGACAAUCCUUGGGACUGCACAUGUGACCUGGUCAGUCUUAAGCAGUUUGUGGAGAAGCUGAAGAAGGAUACGGUUUUGGGCUCCAUCAUGUGCCAGAGCCCUAAAAAGCUGGUCAACCUUGAUGUCAGGACCCUAAAGCAUGACGUUCUCUGUCCUGGUUUGGUCACCGUUGAAGACUUUGAGAUCCUAACAACUCCGGCACCCGAUAAAGGCAUGAGCAGUUUCUUCCGGGGCUUGACGGACGCCGUUCCCCUUUCUGUCCUCAUCCUUUGCCUGCUCAUCCUCUUCCUCACCUUCAUCUUCUGCUCGGCCGGGAUCAUCGUGUUCGUCUUGCACCGGCGACGCAGGAACUCCAAGAAGAAGCAGGCCGACGAGCAGCCUCGCGAGAGCAGCCCGAUCCAUCUGCAUUACAGCAUGUACGGUCAGAAGACCACGCAUCACCUGUCGGAGCGGCACGACACCAACAUGUACGACGAACCUCCACGGAGCCCCAUCAUCCGGAUCUGCAGGAACCCCAGCUACUGCUCGCAGCACAAGGACCUCGACGCUGAGGACUACGAUGCCGAGAAGCCAAGCCGGUUCAUCCAGAGCAUCACCGACAAGGAGAACGGCUCGCCUCUAACCGGACCGAUGAAGUACAAAGCCGUACCGCACGAUUACCCCGCCGACUUUGUGACUCUGGGCGACAAAGGAUCCUUGUACAAGAACAUCCUGGAACGGGAACGUGAGCUCCAGCAGCUCAGUAUCACAGAAUAUCUCAGGAAAAACAUCCCGCAGCUACAGGACAUCCAGGUUCCCGGACAUCACCAGGAGCUCAAACUGAUGGAGUCGCUCAUGUACACCAGGCCGAAAAAGGUCAUGGUGGAGCGGACUAAGAACGAGUACUUCGAACUCAAGGCCAGUCUCCAGGCUGAGCCCGAUUACUUGGAGGUUCUGGAACAUCAGACUGCUUUUAACUAG